GGGCUUUUCCUGCCCUCAGAGGCCAACCUCUCCCUGGACAGCUCUGAGGGGCUCCUUGCAAGGGCUGUGGUCCAGGUGGUCAUAGAGCAGCUGCUGGUCAGUGGGCAGCCCCUGCUCAUCUUCCUGGAGGAACCUCCUGGGACCCUGGGGCCACAGCUGUCAGCCCUGGGCCAGGCUUGGCUGGGAUUUGUGGUAAGGGCGGUCCAGGUGGGCAUCAUCCCAGAUACUCUGCUGGUACCAGUGGCUGUCACCUAUGAUGUGGUUCCGGAUGCACCGUGUGAAAUAUACCAUGCCUCAGCCCCCCUCGGGCUGUGGACAGGAGCUCUGGCUGUCCUGCGGAGCCUCUGCAGCCACUUGGGCUGCAGCCGUCAGAUCUGCUCCCGGGUACACCUAGCUCAGUCCUUCUCCCUGCAGGAAUACACCAUCAGUGCCAGAAGCUGCUGGGGCAGCAGGCAGACCCUGGAGCAGCUACUGCAACCCAUCGUGCUGGGCCAAUGUACUGCUGUCCCAGACACUGAGAAGGAGCAGGAGUGGACCCCUAUAAUUGGGCCCCUCCUGGCCCUCAAGGAAGAGGACCAGCUCCUGGUCAGGAGACUGAGCCAUCAUGUCCUGAGUGGAAACAGCUCCUUCCUCAUAACAGUCCCUCCUCCCCCAGCCUGUGCGGUGCGGGGGCUGCUGGUAGGCAGAGUGCCGCCCCCGGGAUCCUGGGAGCUGCAGGGCAUAGAGCUGCUGAGCCAGAACGAGCUGUACUGCCAGAUCCUGCUGCUGAUGCACCUGCUGCCGCAAGAGCUGCUGCUCUUGCAGCCCUGCCAGUCUUCCUACUGUUACUGUCAGGAGGUGCCGGACCGGCUCAUCCAAUGUGGGCUCCUGGUUGCUGAGGAGACCCCUGGCUCCCGAGCAGCCUGUGACACAGGGCGACAGCGAAUGAGCAGAAAGCUGCUGUGGAAACCGAGUGGGGACUUUACUGAUAGUGACAGUGAUGACUUCGAAGAGGCGGAGGGCCGGUACUUCAGGCUCAGCCAGCAGUUGCGCUGCCCAGACUUCUUUCUUUUCCUCUGCCGCCUGCUCAGCCCACUGCUCAAGGCUUUCACACAGGCUGCUGCCUUCCUCUGCCAGGGCCAGCUGCCUGAUACUGAGUCUGGCUACACAAAGCAGCUGUUUCAGUUCCUCCAGGCCACCGCCCAGAAGGAAGGGAUCUUUGAGUGUGUGGACCCAAAGCUCGCCAUCAGGGCUAUCUGGACCUUCAGAGACCUAGGGGUUCUGCAGCAGAUACCGAGCCCUGCAGGCCCCAGGCUCCACCUGUCUUCUACUUUUGCCAGCCAGGACAAUCAGGAAAAACUAGAACAGUUCUUCCGGCAGUUCAUUUGUAGCUAGAACUGUGAGGUGGAGCCUGUGCUGAGACUUCUCAGCUCCAGAACACAGCUGUGUCCUAGAGCCAGAAGAGAGACAGGAGGCUGCAAACCCUUACCUGGUCUAUAAAAUCAUUGAGGCUUGGUUGUCCCUUGCCAUUUCUUGUUUUCUCCCUCCUUUGAUAUAAUAAACAAGAAGACUGGUCGUGUUGUCUUUUCCCAAGCCCA